AUGAGGGCUCGACAAGCGCGCAAGGCAAGGGGCAAACGCGUAGAUAAGCGUCUGCUUCAGAACGACAUUCGCUUGAUACUGAAAGCAGUAUCCCCCCUGAAUCAACAUGAAAGUCCUCAUCACCGGGCGCAGGCGGCUUCGUCGGCCAGAUCGUCGCCCAAAAACUCAUCUCCACAUCCACUGCCACAUCCCUCAUCCUCGCAGACGUUCAAGGAGCCUCCAAACCCAACCUCUUCCACCGCUGUGCAAUGUCUCGGCGCGGACCUAACAGACCCAAAAGCCGCGGAAGCUUUGAUUGCACAGGAACCAGAUGCAGUCUACAUUCUACACGGCAUAAUGUCCAGCGGCUCCGAAGCGAAUCUCGAGCUCGGGCUGAAAGUAAACUUCGACUCCGUGCGGCAACUGCUCGACAUUAUUCGCGUCAAGCGGCCGGGGAUUAAAGUCGUGUUUACGUCGUCGUGCGCGGUGUUUGGCCGGAAAGCAGUGGGCAACACGGCGACGGAGACGGAUAUCGUACCCAUGCCUGAAUCGAGCUACGGCACGCAGAAACUCAUGGUGGAGUUUUUGGUCAAUGAUUAUUCGCGACGUGGACUUAUUGAUGGGCGGAUCGUGCGUCUUCCAACUGUUUUUGUUAGGGCGGGCGCGCCGACAGCGGCGGCGAGUUCGUUUGUGUCGGGGAUUGUGCGGGAGCCGGUGCAUGGGCAGGGAAGUGAAUUGCCCGUGGAUCCGAGUAUUGGGAUUUGGUUGACGAGUCCGCGGGCGCUGGCGGCGAAUCUUGUGCAUGCGAUUAAGGCGCCCAAGGAGAAGUUUGGGCAUUAUAGACAGGUGUUGUUGCCGGGAUAUACGGCGACGAGUGGGGAGAUUUUGGAGGCGUUGGAGAAGGUUUGUGGGAAGGAGACGAGGGCGUUGGUGAAGGAGAAGAGGGAUGAGACGAUACAGAGGAUUGUGUUGAGUUGGCCGGCUGGGUAUGAUACGACUCGGGCGAAGGAACUCGGUUUUGAAGAGGAUGUGGGGCUGGAGCAGACGAUUAGGGAUUUUGUCGAGGCGGAGAAACAAAAGUCUUGA